GUAUAAAUAAACCAUAGAAGUCAAAACCUUUGAAAAGUCUUUAGACGAUAGCUUGUACAACUAGCUUAUCUCUCAAUCCAUAAUGCAAUAUAUAGAACCAAAUCCCAGCCCCUAAAUUCUACACCUGAAAGAUUCCGAAUUGAAGAUGUAUGUUACAAGACGUCUUUCUGAGUACCAGAGGAACCCGUUGAAGUUGGAACAGCAGCCACCAGAAGGUCCAAACUCUGGAGUAUUUGUGAUUCAAGACGAAGAGUCAAGACCCCUCUCUUGCUUUGGGUUGUGCUAUGGUCAAGAUCUAAAAGGCUUGCCGUUCCCACAGAACGCAAAGCUGACGGUGGGAUAUAGUGACGGAGAUGAUUUUUAUCAUGACCCGGUCUUGUUCAUCCCGGUUCUCGGUCAGCCCUUAUCUUCAAACUGUUAUUACGUUAUUAUAAGACGUGGGAAGCAUUCAGGAGAAGCAUCGGCAAGUGCCAAAGAGGAAGACAGAGUCCCAUGCUGCUUUUGUUUCAACUAUGUCCCUGAAGCUAAGCCACAACAAGCAGAUCCUUAUGACAUAUAUCAACAAUUUGAGAUCCAUCAAAGAAAGUCUUAUUAUUACUCUGCAACAUCCGUUGCUCCUGACGGGGUGCCACCCCAGUUCCUUAAAAGAAAAAACUGGAGGGUUGGGUACUCAACUUCGCAAGACUUUGGUCUAAUAGAUGAUGCAAAGGGAAUUAACACUAUGCUUCGUUCCAAGCUUCCUAGUGAUUUGAACACAAGCGUUGUGGUAGGGAAAUGGUAUGUCCCUUUCAUAUUUGUGAAAGAAAGAGACGCAAAGGUUCAGAUAAAGAGAUCAACCUAUUACAGCAUGACUCUUAGACAAAGUUGGGAAGAGGUUUACUCAUGUAGUAACGUUGAUUACAACGAAGAACACGGAGAAGUUGAAGUUGAUGUUGAAGUAGAAUCAGAAUUGGUGAAGCUUGAAGGGCAAGUGAUUAGAAAAGAAAACAGAGGUGUGGAUGAAAAUGGGGUUGUGUGGUUCGAGAUUACAGGCAAGAAGAUAGGUUUAAGAUCAAUGGUCGUGGAGAAGAUGAAAUGGGAAGAGGAGAGAUUUGGAUGGUCAAAGGAAACUGAUGACAUAAAGUCUAGCAUUAAGAGAUCAGAGAGAUUUGAAGGUAAUGCAAUGCUUUGGCAGAGUUAUAAAUGUUAUGUGUUGGUAGAGACCUUUGAAUUGAAGAGAAUGGAUGGGAAUUUGGUGUUGACAUAUGAGUUUAGGCAUGCUGAUAAGUUAAAGAGCAAGUGGGAUUGAGUUCAAUUCAUUUAUGUUUUCAUUGUGUGUCACGUGUGCAACUGUUGAUUUAAUAUCUUUGUGAAGAAGUUUCAUUCAUGUUUAUGUAAUAAAAUCUAAAUUUGGUUG